AUGUUCUUGACAUUAGAAGAAGCAGAAGAUAAAUUGAUUGAAAAAGGUCUUACGACCAGAGAAGAGAUCGAUGCUGAUAAAAAGACGAAAAGAGCUGUCAAGGAUGAUGAAGAAAAUUUCUUUUUCCAGAGAGACCAGAUCCGAAGAGAUUCACUGAGAAAGCUACUCGUCUUUUUCGAAAUGGAGGGUCGCAAGACUUUCCUUGCAAACCUGCAAAAACGCAAAACAACAGCUCCGAACUAUUGUGAAACUGAUGAAGAGACAGAGGAACCGGCUGAAAACGCUUUGUUGAGGGCUGCGCUCCAAGCGAAUCAGUUUUUCAUCAAGGAGUCACAGGAGUCAAAAGGAAAAGGCAAAGGAUCUAACAAUCCGCAGCUUUCGAAAACGUCAAAACACAAGUUGAUGCGUCAAGUCGCAAGCGGUGAUUCGAUUGCAUCAAUACAGCGAAACAACCAGAACUACUUUGACGAUUUUGAGAUCUUCCACUACUCACCAGACAACAAAACAACAGCAAGAGCAAACUUGGACAUCCUCAACAUCACGCUGAUAAACGAAAAGAAGGAGCAACUUCUUUUCGAUAUUUUGCUUGGCCACGGAAAAGAUGGUGAGAACACAUCGCAAGCCAUCAUCGCAUCUGUCGAGCAAGACGAAGCAACUGGUAUGAAGAUCUGGGAGAAGGUUGAUACGAUUCUGAGCGAUACAUUCACCGGCCAGAUCAAUGCGAAUGAACGACUUCUUCAACACAUCAGACUCCGCAGAAACGAUCCAAAUGCUCCUAUAGAAGUGCUCUGGUGUAUCCUGCAUACCUGCUCUAAUCUCGACAAAAAAGGACAUGAAGGGCAGACAACUCUCGCUCAAGAGUGUCUCCAGGAGAUUAAAAUUUUGUUUGGAUCACCAACAAACAGCGGUUUCCAUAAAUUCGAUAUUAAAAAUGAUUUAUCGAAAGAAAUCGAAGCUCGUGGAGGAGGCAGGAACAAAUUUCCCUUCACGACAGAUCUAGGAAGCCGCAUGGGAACAGCGCGACAGAAUGCAGAAAAUCUCAUCAUCCACUACCAGGCAGUGAUGGCUGCUCUGAAAAGAAACGAAAACACGAAUACCAGGGCGAAAAAUCUUCUCAGCCACCUUGGGAAAGAAGGAGUCUUGCCUGAGAUCGCGAUCGUUGUCUUUGUCUGGUCAGCAUUUUGUGGACCGAUCCUUCGUACGGCAGAGAAGGAAGAAUCAACGAUUCAAGAUGUCAAGACCGCCUUGAGAACAUCUUCUGAAGAGGCCACAAGAAUUCUCCAAUGCGACAGUCCAUUUGAUACAUUGUAUCUUCUUGCUUCUACGAACUCUUCCAGACAAAAAUUCUACAGAGACCUCGAUUUGAUGAUGAAAGGAGAAAGAAGUGACACUGUAUCGGCAAAUCUCAAUGCUGCAGCUCUCGCGUCAAUCAACAAGCUGAAAUACAAAAUCGAGAAAGAUUUUGCACACUAUCAGACACUCACAGUGGAGGGCCUUUAUGUUUGCUGCAACCGUUUUGCAGAAUCCGUCUUUGGCCUUUUCAAGGAGACAGAGCUUCACAAAUCAGCGGCCAGUACAGACACUAUUGUUCAGAUGACAAUCGCCCGAAUGAACAAUCUGCAAAACUUCUUCCGCUCAAUGACAAAAACUCAAGUUGAGAGGCUGUGGAAAAAGAUCGACUCAAAGACAGCACUAUCGAACUACCAUGCUGCGCGUAAAGCUACUCAAGUAAAGCUUCAGAACAUCGCGAAUCGCCGUAAAGAACGAAUCGCCGAAGAAAAAGCAAAAAAAUUGGAGAAAAAAGAAGCAAAAAGAAUCAAGAAAGAAAUGCAGACACCAGUGCGAUCGUCCCUCCCACGAAAAAAGAAGCUUCUGUAA